UCCAAGAAGAAUAAAAUGAGAUCUCACGAUUUGUGAGAUCAAGCCCUUGUGUGGGCUCUGUGCUGACAGUGCAGAGCCUGCUUGGGGAUUCUCUCUCUCUCUCCUCCCCUCCCCACCACUCUCAAAAUAAAUAAACAUUUUUAAAAGGCUUAUUAUGAGUUUCAAUAAUUAAUAUGGUGUGGUGCCAGUACUGAAAUAGAUCAGUAGAACAGAGUAAAAGACACAGACCCAUGCAAAGUUGAUAAGGAAGAGGUGGCCUAACAGAUCAGUAGGACAAGGAUAAACUAUUCAAUAAAUUAAAUAAAUUGUGAGGAGAAAAAGUACCUCAUGCAGUAUGCACAAUAAAUUCUAAAUGGAUGAAAGAUCUAAAUGUGGAAAGCAAAACCUUAAAACUCCUGGAAAAUAUUUGAGACUCACUUCCCACCUCAUGGCAGGAAAGGAUUUCUUAAAAUGAGAUUUGAAAACCACUAACAAUAAAGGAAGACAUUCGUAGAUUUGACUAUGUUAAAAAUUUUAACUUCUGUAUGACUAAAGACACCACAAAUAAAGUUAAAACAUAAUACUACAGACUGGAAGGAGAUAGCUGCAACUCAUGCGAUCAGCAGAGGAUUAGAAUGUGUAGCACAGUAAAAGCUCCUACAGAUUAGCUAGAAAAAAACCAUACAAUCCAACUGGGGGAGGGGGCAAAGUUAGCAAAUUCUAUGAAUAAGCAAUUACAGAGGAAAGAUCUGAAUGCUCAGUACACACACACAAAAAUACAUUGAAUUUCACUGGCACUCAGAGAAAUAUAUGUUAAAACCAGAUACUAUUUUGAACCUAUCAGGUUGGCAGAAAAUUAAAAGGUGGGCUAUUUGAAGUGUUGAUGAAGAAAUGGAACCACAGGAAAUCAGACGCUGCUGCUGAGAGUGAAAAUUAGUGCAGUCUUGCUGGGUAGCGCCCGCGGCCUCUGGCACAGGAGCUGGCAGCCAUGUUCUAGAUGUAGGACCCAGGAGACUAUUGUCUGUGUGCAGAGACAGGUCUGUGGACCUUUCUUGCUUUGCAGAAAGUGGAAAGAACUUAAAUGUUCAUGAUCAGGAAAUGUGGAUGCAUAGUAUAUUUACAUAAUAAGAAACUAAAUAAAUUCGAAUGAUUUUGAAAGCAUGUUGUUAAAGGAAGAAUUGCAGAAAAAUGUGUGUGGUAUGACACCUUUAUCUGAAGUUUAAAAACAUUCUAAACAGGGGCACUGGAUGGCUCAGUCAGUUAAGCAGUUCAGCGUCUGACUCUUGAUUUGGGCUCCAGUCGUGAUCUCACAGUUGGUGAGUUCGAGCCCCACAUCAGGCUGUGUGCUGACAACAAGGAGCCUGGUUGGGAUUCUCUCUCCCUCCCUCUUUCUCUCUCUUUCCCUCUGCUCGCCCCAUGCACACUCUUUCUUAAAAUAAACAUUAAAAAAAUAAAUAAAUAACACUCUAAACAAUAUCCCAGUGAUAGGUGCAUACUCGUGAGGCAAAACUAUAAAAACGUGGUUGAGACAAAGACACAUCAGCUUCUCAAGUGCAAUUAGGUCUGUGGAGAUAGAAGUGGGAAAGAGGGAGCUGAAAACAAAGAGGGCUUUUUACCUUGCUCUGUCUCCUAGGACAAAAUACUGAGAUUUGUUCUAUCUGGGUAGUGGCCACAUGAGUAGAGUUUGUUAUAUUCUAUUUUGUCUAUAUACUUGAAAUGUGUCAUGGCUUUUUUAAAAAUUCUGAGGGGAAAAAACCCUUAAUUUCCAUUUUCAAGUGGGUAAUAAUUCAAAAAACAUUUAAACUGAUUGAUAUUUGUCACUCGUGACUGGCAGUUUAGUGUGGUGGGUUGAAGCACAGGACUCUGGGGCAGCCUUCCAGGUCCGAAUCCUGCUUUGCUUCUUCCUAAAUGGUAUUUAGGAAGCUGUUUAAUUUCUCUCUGCUGUGGAUUCCUUGGAUGUAAAAUGCUGCCACCGAUGAUGAUGAUGAUGAUGAUGAUGAUGACGACGACGACGGUGAUGAUGAUGAUUAGUGCGUGCUCAUAGAGUUGUCACGAGGAUAUGAUGAGUUAGUGUGCAUAAAGCACUACAGAAGUGGACUCUAUUAUUGUGCCCGAAUACGAUCUACCAUUCGGAGAGACACUAGUUACUUAUUAGAUGCAGGGGAGAGUGGGGGAGGGGAUGAAUAAGCUUUGUUGAAAGAAACCGUGUAAGUAGAUGUUUUUAGUGUUGGUUGCUCUUCUAACUGCAGUAAGACAAAAAUAUCUCUCAGAUCUCCAAAAUUAACCUGUGGAGUUGGAGAUGAUUCAGCCCCCAGUGACUUCACACGUAUCUGCUUCAGUUAGCUCUGGUCCUGAUGUUUUUAGUUCAAAGAGCCUUGCCCUUCAAGCUCAGAAGAAGAUCCUGAGCAAAAUAGCCAGCAAAACUAUGGCAAACAUGUUGAUUGAUGACACCAGCAGUGAGAUCUUUGAUGAGCUCUACAAAGUCACUAAAGAGCACACCCACAGCAAGAAGGAAGCCCACAAGAUCAUGAAAGACUUGAUCAAGGUGGCAAUCAAAGUUGGAAUCCUCUACCGGCACAACCAGUUCAGCCAGGAGGAGGUUGUUAUCGUGGAGAAGCUCAGGAAGAAGCUGAACCAGACGGCCAUGACAAUCGUCAGCUUCUAUGAGGUGGAGUACACCUUUGAUAGGAACGUGCUCUCCAAGCUUCUGCAUGAGUGCAAGGACCUGGUGCAUGAACUGGUGCAGCGACACCUGACACCCAGGACCCAUGGGCGCAUCAACCACGUCUUCAACCACUUUGCCGACGUGGAGUUCCUCUCUACCCUUUAUAGUCUGGAUGGAGACUGUAGGCCCAACCUCAAGAGAAUUUGUGAAGGAAUCAAUAAAUUGCUAGAUGAGAAAGUCCUCUGAAUGCCUUCUCUCCUCCUGGACUUUGCUGAGUUCCAGUUCUAGUACCCAAUGUGGUCCAGGUUAGAAAAAAGAAACCCGGAAACCCUUGUCGAAGACGCCCAUGUUCUGUCCUAUUCGCCCAUCUGAUAUUGAUGCCAGAUUGCACUCAGGUGUGUUUAUCCCCUGAGCUCACUGACGAGGUCUGUUCUUCAAAUCACCUUGGCUCGCCAACCCAAAGGACAUUUCAUUUGUUCUAGGCAGAAGGCUGCUAUGCUCCUCAAGGUGAGCUCAGGGCAUCUUGGUGGAGUGGAAGGAGCCCUGGACCAGGAGUUGGAGGACGUGGAUUUGGUUCCCAGCUUCACCAGUACAACCAUCCUCGGGAUCCUGGAACCACAAUGCCCUCCUGCCUACCUCCCAGGACUGCUGUGAGGUUCAAAUGAGACAAUGUAUGUUCCCGCUUUUAAAAACUCUAACGUAAGCUCUUAUUAUUUUCUCUCUGGAGUGUGAGAGGGAUCAACCUGGAUCUAGACUACUAAGCAGAAGAGAAGAAAAGAAUAAUGGUAUCUAGUAGGCCGGGUUUACAGUCUGUCUCUAGAUGUGCUGUUUCAAACACAGAUGAAUACACAGGUGUGAAGAAGUGUAGCUGCAAAUUGGAAAAAUGUUUUCCAAGAGUUGUGUUUUUUAGGUCUUAGAUGUAGGUUUAUGAUCCUGCAGAGGGAAUCUUUCCAGCAGGGUGGGGGUAUGGAGAGUUUCUCACUCAUAAUGCAGGAGCAGGGAAGUGUGUUCCCUGUGGGAGAGGCCUCUCCCUCCCAGGGGCCACCGUGAGGUGUGGGAGGGUUUAUCCCAGCAGCACAGGAGAGCUGGGCAGCAUGAACCCCUAUCCAUCUCUCUUGGCCUUUCACAGACACAUUGUGCUAUUUUCUUUGGUUCGUUAAUAAAUUGAAACCCUUCAAACAAGA